UUGUCUCUCCGGUUGGGAUCGAGGAAAACAUCCAAAGUUGAUCUGUAUAAUAGCGUUGCGCGGGUUAAAUUUUGAUGGCAUUUAGCAAAUUAACGUCGAACCCGUCAGGUGGUUUUCGGAAACGCCGUUCAAUUUUGGGAGUUUUAAUUUAAUUCUAUUUUUAUUUUUGGUUUUGUUCGGUCGCCUUUCGGUGAAAGCCGGUUCUCGAAUCGAAAUUUCGGUACCUGGGCACAGUUGAUGGUGAGCUGAGAAAAAAAAGUAUAUAUCUCCGGUAUCCUUCCAAAAGAAGAAGCCACAAGGAUCUGGUGGAAUUGUGCGUGCUCGGAAUACGAAAUUGUGCAGAAAGUAUAAAGGAUCGGUGGAAUUUAAAACCAUUACCUGUUGUUGUUUUUGCCCCGUUGAACGGAGUGAUUGUGGCUAGCGAAAGGAACACGGAACCGUGUUCGUAAGGGAUUGUGUGAAAGUGCUUUAACGAUUUUCCCAGAUCUGGGGGAAACAGCCCGAAGCGAUUUUGAACAAGCAAGAAUUUAUCGGAAGAGUGCGAGUGAAGUGAAAGCAUAUAUUAGGGCGCAGGAUAUUCCGCGCUCUGUUAGGAUUGUUCGAAAAAAAGAAACGCUCCCAUCGCAUCGGAGAAGGAUAUCGGAAAAGGAGACACUCGUCGCGAGGAUAAAUUCUGCAAAUCGAAAUGCUGCGACCGUCAGCAUUGCUGAUUUGUGCAUUGGUGCUCACGACGGCGACUCAAGCAGUCGUCAAUAUCGAAGCCCAACGUCGUGAGGCACCGAUCGCCGAUUCAUAUGGACUCCCACCCUCGUCUUCCGGUGGGUCGUCACUGGAUCUACCCACUCCCGUCUAUGGAGCACCAGCAGUAGCGCAAUAUCCAGCCCCACCACCGGACAUACCUCCCCCGAUCAUACCGCACAAGGAGUACGGGGUGCCAGUGCAAAGCUUCGGACCACCCAACAUCAACAUUGAAUACGGGCCACCAGCUCCGCCACCGAAACCCUUGUACUUCCCACCGAAGCCCAUCUAUGGCCCACCUCCGCCACCACAACAUGCCCACCAUAUAUCACAUGCACCACCGAAAAAGCAAUCUUCCUUCUUUGAAUCCCUCUUCUCGACGUUUGGAUUCGGAGGCGAAGAGGAACAUCGUCACCAUCACCAACAGCCUCAGCAACAUUAUGGACCCCCUCCCAAGCCAAUUUACGGACCACCGAAACCAUCUUACGGAGUUCCAACGUUCAACCCGCCUGCCCCUAAACCAGUCUAUGGACCCCCGAAACCCAUCUACGCCCCACCAAAGCCUGUCUAUGGUCCACCAAAACCAAUCUUCACCGCACAGCAGUCCUUUGGUCACCAUUCUUCUGCGCACGUUCCUCCCACUCCCCCAGAAAUCAAAUGCGAUGGAUGGAAGCCAAUCGCUGGUCCAGUCGUCCAAGGCCCACCACCAGCCCAAGUAGAAAUCCAUGCUCCGGAAUCCUCUUAUGGACCACCUCCUAGCGGGGACUUCCUCGGUGCCGGUCAUCAGCAAAUUUCCGGUGGUGAUCUCGGUCUUCAGUUACCCCGAUUGGAACACGGCCCGGCGUUCAACAAUGACCUGCACGGCGGACUAGAAUUGCAGAAGGGAAACAGUCUUGAGAUUCAAUCGAACUUCAUUUCUGACUCUUAUGGAGCCCCACCGCUCGAUUCGUACGCCCCAGGUACCUACAAGCCAUCUUUCGUCAAGCCACUGCCUCCACCUCCACCACCACCACUGCCAUCACCGCCAAAGCUGCAAUUCCCACCGACCCAGUUUUACGGAGCUCCUCACCGACCGGGUUCAUUCCAAAACGGUCUUGCCAUCUCCUACGGAUCGAUUAGCGGCAAUUUAAGACCAUGGUCUGGACCAGUUUCUGCGCCCCGGCAGCCCAUUGCUCACCGCCCACCCGUCCCAUCCGGUCUGAUCGAAUCCAUCGGACACACCGUUGAGCAGUUGGACAACUUCGGAACCAAGCCUCACUACUCCGGAGAUGUUUACCUCCCCCCUCCGACCAGUGAUAUCCCAAGUGCUCCCGCCGCAAGUCUCGAGUUGCACUCGCUCCCGUCAGACCAUCCACCAAAGCCAUUCCUUACCCAGCAUCAAUUCCCGGAAGCGCUCGCACAAGUGCAGCAACCCCGCAUUCCUGACUUAAACGUCCUUCCAAUUUCUGGCAGCGACUGUGGACACGGUCCGGAACUAUCGGGACACGAUCAGCAAUCGUCAUACUUCGGAGCAUCUGGAGCUCAAGCCUACGCCAGUGAGGAGACCAACAGCAUCGACUCCAGUUAUGGUCCACCUGCCUCGGGAUCCGUUGGAGAAUUCCGCACAGCCCACCAAUUGUCCGGCAGUGAGCCAAUUGCCGCGUCCAGCCUACCCGGUCUCAGUGGAGGGCUCGGCGGCCUCGAGUUGGUAUCCGCUCAGAAAUCGCACAGCCUGACCAUUCCCGUGCAAGGACAGCUGGGAUCCUAUCAACUGCAGUUCCAAUCGGCCGAUCCCGUUUCUUCGGGCCAUGGUGGAUCAGGUGGUGCCCCUCACGAACAAAUUCUCACCGAAGGAUUGCUCCAGUCCAUUCUGUCGGCUAUCGAACAGCCGCAGUCGAAUUUCCAGCAAGAAACGUCCUAUGAUCCGAACAUUGACCACAGCGAGGUAUCCGUGUUCCUCAAAAGCCCCGAAGGUCAAAAGACAUUGGCCGAUCAUCCAAGCGAGUCUGUUCACAAACGAUAAAACCCCCUUCCAAAAGUCAAAGGUUGACUGUGUGGUUGGGUUGAGUGAUCUAUGAGGAUGGUUUGUUGUUUAUUAAUUUCUCUAGAGUAGUGCAGAAGGAGCAUUUUCUGUGAAGCAAGUGGCACUGGCCAAGUUUAAUUUAUUACGUCCUCCCUGUUCGAUGUGCGGCCGAUUGAACGAUUGAGUGUUUGAAAGCAAGAGCGUGCGCUUCGCCGCCGUUGUCGUGGACCAGGUGAUACAAGUUGUCACUAGUCGAUUGCAACGAGCGGCACAAAUUAUCAAUUAACCGCGCUUUUAUCUCGCCACCAUCUACCGGCUUCGGUGGCCAAAUGAAGUUACCGUAAGAUACCUUGGACAGACCGAGUGGGGGAAGGGAUGGUAGCGAAUCUGCAGCAUGAACAAACCACGUGCCGGAGGACUGUCUAUGGUAAUGAUGAAUUAAGAUGUUGAGAUUGUCCUAUCGUACCACUCCGCUCGGUGGUGACACGUUCGGCAAGGGAACAAAAAAAAACCAAUGCCACGCUAUAAGGGUGUGCAAAGUUACCAAGCUCGAGCUGAGGGAUACCAAUUAGUGCUGUGGAGCGUAUUGUGGGUUAUAAUUAAGUAUUUUAAUUAUUUCAUUCAAAGUGGGGCACGUAUGAAGCUCGAGGCAACCAGGAGAUGUAACUGGUGCUCGGGAUGAUCGGAAUAGGAACGACAUGAGCCGUUUGAAUGCGAUGCCUGUAAAAGGAAAUGAGUGUGCAGAGUGUUUGUCUGACAUGUGGGUAUUUAUUAUUUAAACGGAGAUGCAGAUGUGCAAAACAUGAAGCAAAUAGUUUUACGAUGGAAAUGACAACGAAUUUGAAUGUAUUAUAGAUAGUAUCGUCGAGUAAAAUUUAGAGCGUUUAACAAAGAGCUGGGAGAUUAUUUGAAUAAAGGAGUUAAAAAUA